AUGUCAACAACAACUUCGGGAUGCUUUAAAUUUAUCCUGAUUGUUUCUUUAAUUUAUUGCUUGUCUCUAAUGUACAUGACAAGUUAUAUGGCUUUUUCACCAUUGAGUUGUCAUUGGUCAAAAAGUAAUUCAAGAAGAAUUGCCAUGAUUGCGGAUCCACAAAUGGAAGGAGAUACAAAAGUUUAUCAUCAGGGAAAUUAUGGAUUGCUCAAUAAUUACUUUAACGAUUAUUAUUUUAAAUUGGUAUUCCAAAAUAUUCAUUACUUGUUGAGACCGGAUGCAAUUUACAUGUUGGGUGAUUUAUUCUCAUCUCAACACGUUUCUAAUCAGGAAUUUUAUUUGAGAGUUGAUAGAUUUAAUUCAAUCUUUUCUGGAAUGUUUGGUUUUGUGAAUAGAAUAUUCAAGAUGAGAAGUGGAGAUUUACAUGAAGAACAAAGAAUGGUAAAAGAGAGAGGUUCUUCUGAUUUACGUAAUUUAAACUUCCCAUAUUUGGUUAAUUUAACUGGUAAUCAUGAUAUUGGUUAUGGUUUUGAAGCUAAUUUCUUUAGAAUUCAAAGAUUUAUUGCUAGUUUUGGAGUUCAAAAUAGAAAAGAUAUCAUUUAUGAAAAUGGAAAUAGGAAGGUUUUGGCUGUAACCAUUAACAUUAUCCUUACUCAACUCAAACCAAAAUAUAUUUUCAAUGGUCAUGAUCACUUUGGUUGUAAAUAUACACACAAGGAAGGAGCUCAAGAAUUUACAGUUAAAUCAAUUCAAGGUGAUUUUGGUGGUAAUGUUGGUUUGUUUGAAAUUGAAAAGUCUGCUGAUGGAUUCAAUUACAGUUACAAAGAUUGUGAAUACUAUCCAACCAAGUAUAUUGUUGGAUAUUUGGCAUCACUUGGUUUGUGGAUUGCUAUUGUAAUUUUAGUAUUCGUUCUCAGAAUUUUAAAGUUCAUUUUGUGUUGUGAAUUUAUUGAAAGAAAAGAAAAGAAAGAUUAA